UUCCCUCCUCUCCUCGCUUCGGGUCGCCUUCUUCGACGAAUCUCCAGCGAAUUAAGGUUUCGCAAUCCUAAUUUUGGGCUUUGGAAUCGUACUACCGAGCUCUUCGAUCCGAGAUCUGAAGGUUUAGAGCUCGUUUUCGGGGUGAUUUCCAAUGUCGGCAGCUAAAGUUAGCGGCAAGAGAAGGGGAUCGGGCUCCGAAUCGCUUAGAUCCAAGAAGAAAAACGAGCUAGAAGACGUUGAUUUCGACCAAGAUCUCGAUCUCUCCAGUGAUAUCAAAGAGAUUCUCACGGCAUUGCAGCAGAUCAGAGAGAAAGCCCAGAAGGAUGGGCAGAAGAAGAACGAGGAGACGAUUGGGAGUGUAGCUUCGGAGAUUCGAUCUAUCAUUGAUGAUGAAAAGAUGAAAAUUGAGAAGGACAGGCAUGGUAUUCUGAAGGCUCUUUCAAAGAUUUCUAAAGAGUGUGAGAGCUCUCUGAAGAAUGAAUAUGCCAAGUUUCAAGCAGCUUAUGAGAACUUUUGCAAGGAAAAAGUGGCACAUAUGCAGAAUUUGAAAGAAUUAUUUUCCAAAUAUGAAGAUGAAAAGGAUAAACUAUAUGCCCGUUACGAACAACAGCGGAAGAAGGAAAAAGCUAAUCUGUCAGAACUUGAGAAGGCCUGUGCUCAGAAGAUUGCCAGAGCAGAAGAAUCUCUAAAAAGGAAGAAGCAGGAUGACAAAUCUUUCAGCAUAUUGCGCAAGUCUCUUGGCUCAUUUCUGGAAGGCGCAUCUGAUGAUGAUUUUGGGCCUGAUGAAUGAGCCUUGAUUACCGGUAACUGCUCUUGGAUAUGGGGAAGCAUAAAAUUCUGUAUAUAAACCUUAUUCCCUUUGACAUCAUCUAUCUUCUUUAACUGAAGAUUUUGCCCAAUUAUUGGACAGUGAAUUGGGAUUAAAAUUUGUCAAUGGUUCCUAGGCCCUAGAAUCUGUUUUGUUAAUAUAAGAAAUGGGGUAUCUACAGUAAUCAUCACAUUGCCUGUUUCUAGUUUUCCAGGACCUGGACUACUGAAACACUGUUGGUAAAGCAGAUGAUGUUAAAUCUUUUGACAA